AUGCCUAGAGAGAUCAUAACCCUCCAGGCUGGCCAGUGCGGCAACAGCGUUGGCAGCCAAUUCUGGCAGCAGCUGUGCCAGGAGCACGGCAUCAACCAAGACGGCAACCUCGAAGACUUCGCGACUGAGGGCGGUGACAGGAAGGAUUCCGACGACACUCGCUACAUCCCGCGCGCCAUUCUCCUCGAUCUCGAGCCUCGUGUCAUCAACAGCAUUCUGAGCGGACCCUACAAGAACAUCUACAACCCCGAGAACUUCUACGUGCACAAGGAUGGUACUGGCGCUGGCAACAACUGGGCGGCAGGCUACGCCAUGGGCGAGUCGGUGAACGAGGAAGUCAUGGACAUGAUUGACCGCGAGGCUGACGGUAGCGACUCGCUGGAGGGCUUUAUGCUGCUACACUCGAUCGCAGGUGGUACUGGCUCCGGUCUGGGAUCCUUCCUGCUCGAGCGCCUGAACGACCGCUUCCCCAAGAAGCUGAUCCAGACGUAUUCGGUCUUCCCGGACACGCAGAACGCGGGUGACGUUGUGGUUCAGCCGUACAACAGCUUGCUGUCUAUGCGCCGCCUGACGCAGAAUGCCGACUCCGUCGUCGUGCUGGACAACGGCGCUCUCUCGCGCAUCGCCGCCAACACGCUUCACGUUCAGGAGCCUUCCUUCCAGCAGACGAACCAGCUCGUCUCGACUGUCAUGUCCGCUUCGACGACGACGCUCCGCUACCCUGGCUACAUGCACAACGACUUGGUCGGAAUCGUCGCCUCUCUGAUCCCCACGCCGCGCUGCCACUUCCUCAUGACCUCGUACACGCCCUUCACCGGUGACCAGGUCGAGUCGGCCAAGACGGUGCGCAAGACGACCGUGCUCGAGGUCAUGCGCCGUCUGCUGCAGCCCAAGAACCGCAUGGUGUCGACCAACCCGUCCAAGACGUCGUGCUACAUCUCCAUCCUCAACAUCAUCCAGGGCGAGGCCGACCCCACCGACGUGCACAAGUCACUGCUGCGUAUCCGCGAGCGCAAACUGGCCACCUUCAUUCCCUGGGGCCCGGCCUCCAUCCAGGUCGCCCUCACCCGCAAGUCCCCUUACGUCCAGAGCUCCCACCGCGUCUCCGGUCUCAUGCUCGCCAACCAUACCGGCGUCGCCACCCUGUUCAAGCGCAUCCUCUUCCAGUACGACCGCCUGCGCAAGCGCAAUGCCUUCCUCGAGCAGUACAAGCGUGAGGCUCCCUUCGCCGACGGCCUGUCCGAGUUCGACGAGGCAAAGGCCGUUGUCCAGGACCUGAUCGCCGAGUACGAGGACGCGGAGCAGCCCGACUACCUCAGCAAGGAAGGUAAGGAGGGCGGCGAGGCCGGUGGUGUGGGUGCGUAA